UAAAACGGGGGAGUACAGCCAAAGAUCGUACUGCAGUUGUAGUCCAGUUGGAAGCUAAAUUAUUUCCUGGCAGAGUUCUUUGAGCUUUUAAGGAUUUGUAUAUAUAGAUAGCCAUUCUUAUAAAAUUAUGACAGGGACACUGAAAAAACGCAUAAAAUAACCAGACUGGAACUAAAACUAACUAUUUGACUGGCAUCAACAGGAGCAGAGUGAAACCUGAACAGACAACAACUGCUUUCCCAGGAUUCAUUGCUUCACUGUGUGUGUUCCGUGGUUGUUUCAAACAUGGAGGAGAGGGAAAGAAACCGUGUCAAAUUAGACAGUAGAGGGGCACAGCCAGCAUGUUCAAGUACACCGCCAGUAUCGGAACAUAGAGCGGAGACAGACCUUGAAGCUGUGGACGAUAACGCAAAAGAAACAGAUGUCUGCUCAGAUAAGUUUGACCCUCUCAGGGCCUUGUACUCUCCGACUGUACAGCUUCCUUUUCCAAACAUCAAGUGUUUUAACAAUGUCGCAGAGUACGAGAGCUUUCUCAAGGGCGGCCGUGGCAGAGCCAAACCGGAGAAUGUGGAGAAAAAGAGACUGAAAGCGAUGAAGGGGGCGGCGGACCCGGAGCGCAUCGAGAGGCUGAAGAAGCUCAUGGUGAACAACCCGGUACCAGAGCCCGAGGACGGAGAGAGCAGCAGCACACCGCGGAGGAGGACGCAGAAACCCCCGAAAAAUGUCCUGACAAGGAUGCCCCUGUGUAAAGGCAGUCCUUUGGGUGAGCUGUACCGCUGCGUCGAGGAAAGGAUAAGGGUCAAAGUUCACAUCAGGACCUUUAAAGGACUGAGGGGAGUGUGCUCUGGCUUUGUAGUGGCCUUCGACAAGUUCUGGAACAUGGCAAUGGUAGAUGUAGACGAGACCUACCGAGAGCCACUGCUUGGAGAGGCCCUCUACCAUGAGAAAGCCCUCACCAUCUCACGGCUGUUUGAGAAGCUAAAUCUCCAGGAAAGCACAGGAGGUGAUGAGCCAGCAAAGAAGCACGAAGCCCCCAGAACUGCUCCCAAAAGCCGGUCCUCUCACCCUGCUAGCAGGGGGGACAGUAUGCUGUUGGACGCUGUUAAAACCAAACAGGAUAAAGCCAGAGUCUCAGUGAAGGCCCAGACUCCAGAGGCCUGUAAGAAGAUGUAUGGCAAGGUCCAUACACGCCACAUCAACCAGCUUUUCAUUCGGGGUGAGGACAUUAUCCUGGUUAACCCACAGCCACUCUGACAUUUGUUUUCUGCUUGAGAUUUGUCCUGAAAAAAAAAAACAUUGUAUUUUCACCAAACUUAACUACACUCAGUUAAAUUUGAACCUAAUUUUUUGCUGAGCAUGUGUAAUAAUGUGUGAGAAAUACUGUCAAACUGUCAGAGAUCUCUGAUUUAAUUAGAUUCAGGAGAAUCAGACAAAAAUCAGUUAUAUCACAUUGAUAUGGUUUUUUUCAGCCCACUAGAGAAACAUUUAUUUUGAGGAAUAAAAGCAUUUCCGUACUAGUCGUUUCUCGUCUUUUUUUUUUGUCAGUCACUAUGGAAAAUGUAUUUUGACAUACUUCUGCCACAGCUUCAGUUAAAACUGUAUUUUCUAUUACCCAGCAGGUGGCAGUAUAAACACAUUGGUGCCAUCUGCAAGGCCACUGUCAUCUCAAAGAGCCCGUCCCUUUAUGUUGCUUUUCCCCAUUAGUUUGAACAGGAAUGACAGCGCAGU